CCUGUGCCUUGAGUGCUGUGGCUGGCAUGAAGACACUAACCAUUAAGCAACAUGCGUAUUGAUCCCAGAGAGAGAGAGAGACAGCUUUGGCAGUGGCAGUUGCAGCCAUCUUCAGAGACAGUUGGCAGUUGGGCAGCAACCAUCUUAGAGGGACUCAGAGCAAUAACUUGGAGCAGAGGCAGCUGCUGGUGUGUGACAGGAGUGCUGUACAGCUUAUGUAAAGCCAGUUUCGAUUCCAGUGACCGGAGAUCAUCAUGGUAGCAGCCAAUCAGUAAUACCAGCCUCCUGUGGGGAUCUCACUGCUUCCGGUGGUGCUGGCUGACAGGCAUCUGACAAAGCAUAACAGUGAUGGGCUCUACUGACUGUGUAGCUGGUAACUAGGCCACGCAGCCUACCCUCCCUUUUGAAGGACAGCCCUGGAGGUAGUCCUGCUUUGGAGUAACAGAUGGUGGGAGGAACAGAGACAGUGUCUUGCUGCAGCUGCAGACAGAGCAAUGAACAAAGAACUGAAGGAAGCACAGAUACCUUUGCUCAUGAGCCGAUGUGAAUCUAUGUUUACGGUAAAUGAAAUGGUGCUGAACACAAAGAAGCUCAUUCAGAAAUCCAUGGUAGGAGCCCUCUUCUGUCAUCUAAAAAUUUGAAUCCAUAAGGAAAGAAAAUAAAAACAUACUGACAACCAAAAGAACACGCAACACUACUCCCACAAAUGUCGCACAUGAGGCUGCUGGUGCUGCAGGUUCAUCCCGCCAACACCCGACUGCGCAAAUGCACACAAGCCACGGAACACCCAUGCGGAAACACAUAGCACAUAAAAGACACCGUCCUGAUCUGCCGACACAACAAGUUGCGUCUCCCCCAACGCGUCGCAUCUCUAUGGUCGCAUCAAGGCCACCGUCCGAUUUGUUGGCACCUUCACCAACACGUGAACCGCAGUCCCCUCAUCUUCCUGAUGAUGCCAGCAUGACACCGGCACACCAGCCAUCUGAUAUGGAGGACACUUUUGUGCUUGACCUACAGCCAGUAGACACUAACAGACCAAGCACGCCACCUAUGUCUAUACCUCCGCCAACAACUCCUCCACAACCACAAAUGAGCCCAGCCACACCACAGCCACAAAACCCAGAUCAGGCAUUUUGGGACAGUUGGGCAACACAACAGUCGUACAAUUUAGACCGUCUUCGCAGACAAACUCAACUGCUCUCAAGUCUGCCACAUUAUCUGCCGAGAAUCAGUCGCACUAUGAGCCGACAAAAUUUAGAGAUGAGUAGAAUAUCUACUUGUAUGGAGCAAAUGCGGGCUGACAACAGCCACAUGAUGAACACUUUGGCCAGUAUUAUGGAUGACCAAAUGAGGCAGCACCAAAAUUACCUCAAUCUGCUGGAAACAAACAAAUGGCUUACUGAAAGCCUCGGAAGAAUCAUUGAGAACAACACGGCAUCAAAUAAUCAACUUAACGCCACACUUACUAACCUCAGCCACAAUAUAACUUUAUUUAACACACAACAAGCGAGCACCAGCUCCGAAACAACCACCCCUAUAAAUACGCCAGUUACCUCCCCAGUAAGGAGAUCAGGCAGAAGAAGAACAAAUGUGCCUGGGCCACACUCUGCCGCCUUUAAGGGAUCUAAACAAAAAUAAUCUCUUCCGCUGCAGUUGUAAUGUUG